AUGCAGGUUUUGGGGGUGGAAGAGCCGCUCAUGUGCAAAGCCUUUCUCCCGACCCUCAAGGGGUUGGCUCAAAAAUGGUUCUUAGCCCUCUUAAGUCGUUCCAUCCGAUGUUUCAACGAUCUAGCGGACCGCUUUCUCACCCAUUACGCGGUGAACAUCAAGCCACAGCGCAACCUCCAUCUAAGUAGAGUACAUCAAGAUGAGGGAGAAGCUCUGAAGACAUACCUGGCCCGUUGGCAAAAGGAGGUACAGACCAUUGAGGGACUGGAUGAGCAAGUGGUCAUUACCUUCUUCAUGGAAUCACUUCGUGCCGGGAAAUUGUUCAUUGAUCUUCACAAUGACCGCCCAAAAACAUAUGUGGAAGCCAUUCAGAGGGCCAGUCGACAGGUAGACACUGAAGAGGCGGUAAGGCAAAAGCGGCAACGAGAAGCUGCUGGGUCGAGUUCUACAAAACCUCAACCUGAGUCUAGAAGUCGAACUGAACCUGAACGUACCAGUCGUACCAAGACACGACGGGGUCCUGCGAGGGUGGGCGUGCCUCCUCAUCGCCCUACCGUGGCCCAGCCUGUCCAUGAGGUAAAGGAUUCCUUACCUCCCCCUCCACCUCUGAAACCCGGAGAUCAACCUGAGGUUUUGCCCCCAGGGGGAGUCUCCUCUAAGUACUGCCGAUAUCAUCGAUCAACCACACACACUACGAACGAAUGCUCUUACCUAAAAAAAGGAGAUAGAGGCGUUAGUACAGAAGGGUGCCCCGCCUCCGCCCAACCAAUGGAGGCGGUACCCACGGUCUGA